UUUUAAAUGUGUGAUAUCCGUUUGUGGGUCAAUGCAGAUCAGAUGGAUACAGUUAAGUACUUUGAGAAACUCUAUGCAUUAACAUAGGUACAAUCCUCUUGGCCGAUGUGUGCAAAGAAUUUCCAGUCCGUACAAUGCAAAACACGGAUGUGACGUCGUCUGCCCAGUUUAGCUAUCACACACCGCUAGGAAAAUACCCUUUUUUCGAGGUAGAAAAUGUAGCAAAGUAGGAGACUAAUUGUUGUUUCUUAAGUACCUGACGACUACAGAGUGUGGUGAAGAUGGCAGAUCCGGCGGUAAUGGGUAGCCAUACCCUAAAUCUUGGAAUGCGUUCUGGCACGAACAAGGCAUCCACUAGUCCAGCGGAGAACUACUACUUGGCGCGUCGCCGCACCCUUCAGGUGGUAGUGAGCUCGCUCCUGACGGAGUGCGGCUAUGAGAGCGCCGAGAAGGCUGCAGUGGAGUCCCUCACCGAGAUGAUGCAGAGCUAUAUCACGGAAAUUGGUCGUUGUGCAAAGACAUACUGUGAGCACACUGCCAGAAGCGUACCGACACUCCCUGAUGUGGUGAUUACGCUAAUAGAAAUGGGCUUCAACGUUGACACACUGCCAGUGUAUGCUAAAAGAUCUCAGAGAAUGGUCAUAACAGCACCUCCUGUGACGAAUCCGCCUGUGAUUCCCAAGGCGCUGAUUGCUGGACAGAAGCGCACACAUCCCGCCCAUAUUCCCAGCCAUUUCCCAGAAUUCCCUGAUCCUCACACAUACAUUAAGACGCCGACGUUUCGGGAGCCAGUGUCGGACUACCAGGUGGUCCGUGAGAAGGCUGCCUCCCAGAGGCGGGAUGUGGAGCGAGCGCUCACACGCUUCAUGGCCAAGACGGGACAGACCCAGAGCCUCUUCAAGGAUGACGUCACAGCCUUCCCACUGAUCGCUGCGCGCCCGAGCUCUAUCCCCUACCUGAAUGCACUCCUCCCGUCUGAGCUGGAGCUGCAGGCACUGGAGGAGACGGACUCCUCUGAGCAAGACGACCAGACAGACAGCGAGAACAACCCCGGCAACAUCACCAACGAUGAUUCUGGAGUAGAUAAGGAGAACUCUGGACUGCCCUCUGGUGGCGUAGUGCCAACAGUGAAGGCUAGCGAGGAGAACAUGAUUGAUAAUCCCUACCUGAGGCCAGUCAAGAAACCCAAAGUCAGACGGAAGAAGUAAGGAAGAAACUCAAUGGACACUUUCAUGGACAGUUUUGUUUUCGAUCAGUCAACAGCCAAGGAGUCAGAUUCCAGGAUCUGAACCGCUUUCUGCCUCUGUGUACUGUGAACUGAGACUUCAGGGCAGGCAACGUGAUGGUUGCUAAAGUGAACUCUCGGAAAAGGAGCUGGAGCUGUUCACUGAGCUGGGAUGCUCUGAGGUUUUACUCAACUGUCACGAUUGAUAUUGAAGUGAAAGCUGUGGAAGAAGACUGAUCUUUUUUUCUUUUUCUUUUUAAAAGAAAGAUACGUCUUGUUUAUUUUGCCAUCACCCCCACCCAACCCCCAAACUAAUACGUUUGUGUGUGAAUACAAAGAGGGUUUGUUUUUCCUAUUAAACUGUAGUUAUGGUAUUGUCUUAA